ACAAAUACGAAGGGUACAAUCUAAGUCCAAACGUGCCCUAUCAAAAUCUCAUGAGUCACGCAAUAAUUUUCAAGAAUUUCAGCGUCUAUGCAAAACAGAGUCAAUCGAGAUUUACGAAUUUAUUGAUUUAUUAUUCACAUGUUGUUUCUAUUCUCGGUUUCUUGCCUUAAAUUUAUUUCUUCCCAUUGUUUUACUCCACAGCUUUGACUCAUUUCUUUCUUAUUUUUUAUAGAAAGUUUAUUCGAUUUAUCCGACGCCAUGAAAUUCCGUUGAGAAAGGGAUCGUCGCCAUCGUCAUCUUCGUCUUUUUCUUUGCUUUUCAAACCCCCUUUCUCCCCCCCCCUCUCCAGACGCAAGAGACCGCUUAGAUUGAUAGCGUGGCAAAAACGUAAUUCCCAAACUCCUAUCAAUUUUUCCCCCUUUUCUUGACUCCUAUCCCAUGUUUCUCCCUAUAUAUCUUCGCGUCUAAAUGUGUUAUCCGAAACUGCCGGUUUCACUUUCCCCGGGAAAAAAAGAAACAAAUUAAAACAUAAAAGGCAGUUUUGUUUCCAUUGUUUUUGAAGAAAAGUCUGUCUUUGCCGCAGGUUUGUGCUAUCUUUACGGAGAGAGGAAGCUCAAACCCUCUGUUUCUCUGUUAUCCUUUCUGCGGUUUCUGCAAUUUGCAUUCAUUUUCAUCUGCUAUGGAAAGGAGCUCAAUGCAAUCCAAUCUUGAACGGUUUUUGAAUUGCACCACCCCUGUAGUAAAUUCUCAGUAUUUGCCCAAGAGUGAGGUAGGGAGCCUUAAUAGGCUGUGGCAUCAUCCAGUGGAGAGUGGGGAGGGGUUUGAAUACUUCACUUUGGCUGAUCUUUGGAGCUGUUAUGAUGAAUGGAGUGUUUAUGGGGUAGGUGUUCCGAUUCGCUUGGACAACGGCGAAAAUAUUGUGCAGUAUUUUAUUCCUUAUCUAUCUGCACUUCAAAUCUUCACCACCGGUGCUUCCAUAAACUCUCUAAGGGACGAAAGUGAUUCGUCAUGUGAAACAAGGGAUUCAUAUAGUGAUUCCUUGAGCGAUGAGAGCGAGAGUGACAAGCUGUCGAGAUGGGACGGAAGUUCUUCUGAUGAGUAUGAUGGCCUCUUGCAAUCAAAUUCUAGAUUGGGUUAUUUAUAUUUCCAGUACUUUGAGCGAUCAUCUCCAUAUGGAAGAAUUCCUCUCAUGGAUAUGAUUACUAGCUUAGCUCAGAGGUUCCCUGGAAUUAUGACACUAAGAAGUGUUGAUCUUUCACCUGCUAGUUGGAUGGCAGUAGCGUGGUACCCAAUAUAUCAUAUUCCCAUGGGAAGAACCAGCAAGGAUCUGUCCACUUCCUUUCUCACAUUUCACACAAUUUCCUCUUCUUUUCAAGAAUCAGAGCUUGAUGAUGAAUUGAAUAGUGUUAGUAGGAAGCGAAAAGGUGGGGCUGGAAUCGCGGUCCCGCCAUUUGGGUUGGCUUCAUAUAAGAUGCAAGGGGAUGUUUGGGUAUUGGACAAAAGCGGGAAGGAGCAAGAGAGGCUGAUGUCUCUUUUAAGCAUUGCGGAUUCUUGGCUUAAACAGUUAGGAGUCCAACAUCACGAUUUUAACUACUUUGUGGGUAUCCGUGGCUAGCCCGAUCAAGCCACUAGCACAUGAGGCAAAAACUUGCUAAUAGCGGCACCUUGACCAUGUUUCUAAUAUCCCUACCACGAAUUUAACCAUUUUGGAUUUCAGAUUUGAGACUUGGGUGUUUGUCUAUAUACUGCGUAUAUAUGUGGUUGAAUUUGUCUCAACUGGAUUAAAAUAUGGAACUGGGUGAGUUGGACAGAGGUUUUCUGUAAUCUAUAGUGAUAUCCUCUCUUGAUUUACGUUUUUGAACUUUGGGUUCUAGUC